AUGUCCGAUGGAAACAAAUUUGACGUAACUGCAUACGCACAGCAACGUCAGCAAAAUCGAUUACCAUUAGAAGAAAUGGGCAAUGUAUUGCUUGACGCGAUGCAAGGUACUCUUAUUUGUCUUGAUAAUCAUAAUAUUAUUAUUGAUGUAUCAAAAACAAUAAAAAAUUAUUUUGGUUUUGAACAAUCUGAAAUUAUUGGUCUUUCAAUAUUAUUAUUAAUUGAAGAUAGUGAACGAGAAUUAUUUUCAAAAUUUCUUUCUAAUACAUCACAAUCGUAUGAUAUUUGUUGUGUUCGAAUGAUAAUGGCUGUUACAAAUGAAUAUCGACAAGUAAAAGUACAUCGAAAGAAAAAAUUUAAUCAUGACAAUGUUGAUGUUCAUUCAACUACACCUCGGUAUAGUGGUUUAAUAGGAACAAUACUUGUUCUAACAUUAGAUAAUUCAUCUUAUAUUGAUAUCACACUUUUUGAUGUACAAAAAGAAGAAUUUUAUACAAAAAUGAAUUUAAUAGGUGAAAUUACAUUCGAAGAUCAUAGAGGUGCUGUGAUAACUGGUUAUUUACCACAUGAAAUAGUGUCUCAAUCAAUAUUCAAUUUUGUUUAUCAUGAAGAUCGUCUAGUUAAAUUACAUGCCCUAUGGAAAUGUGUAACAACCGGUGCCAGUAAAUUACAAUGGCGUUUAAAUGCACGUGAUGGUUCAUUAGUUUUUCUUAAUACCGAAUAUAAAUUAAUAGCCAAUCAUCAAAAUCAAGAUACUAUUGUUGCUCGUAAUGAAGUUCUUGAUUCAAUACAACGAUCACAAUUCGAUGAAUUACAAGCAGCUUGGAGACAUCAAUGUGCAGCAGAUAUUAAAGGAAAUAGUUCAUCAUUUAAAUUAAUUUCAUCAUCGGAUAUAGAUUCAUCUUCUUCAAUUUCAACUGGUGAUUGUCGUAUAUGUGUUCCAUCGUUAAAUAUGUGUUUUUCAACGAAUAAAUUACAAUCAUUAAAAGUUAUAGGAAAUAUAUUUGAUGUAUCAAAAUUAGCACGUCCAUUAAGUAUUCAAGAUUAUAUAUCAAUAUUAAUUGAUAAUGAUAAAUAUCUUGAUAGUGAAUUAGCAAAUAUAAUUAAUAAUUUACCAUCAUUAGUAUUACGUUAUAAACGUUUGAAUAAUAAUAAUAAUAAUAAUAAUGAUAAUCAAACAAUGAAUGAUACAGAUAUUUCAGAUAUAACAAUGGAUGAAAAAUUACCAUCGGAAUUUUCAUCAUCGUCAUCAUCAUCAUCAUCAUCAUCAUCAUUAAAUAAUUCAUCUUUAGGUAAAAAAGAUAAUUCCGAUUCAAUUGUACGUGGCAUACUUAAUAAUUCAAUGAAAUAUAAUCAUGACAAACAAUCCGUUGAUUCAUCAUCAACAUUAGUUCGAAUGUUAAAUGGUAAUACUGUACAAAAUAAUAGUACAAAAAUACCGACAUCUCAACAACCAUCUCAAAUAAAUUCAUCAAAGCCAAACCAAACACCAUUAGAUCCUGAAGCAAUUCAACAACAACAUAUUGAUUUUAUUAAAAAGUAUACAUCAGGUACGAAAAAUAAAUAAUUUCAGCAGUGUCACAUAUCCAAGAUUUUGGAGAUGCCACCACAUCUCCUGCGGGAGAUGCCGCAUCUCGCGCGAGAGAUGCGAGUGUGGGUGUGGGGG